AUGGCUGCCGCCGCCGCCGCCUCCGAUGGUGCCGAGGAGCCGGGCAUGGAGGCGGAGGAGUUGCCGUUGGGCUGUGGCGGACAGGGAGGCUCGCCGGCGGCGGGGAGGUCUCCGGAGGGUGAGGAGCGUCAGGAUCCUCCGCCGGCGUCUGUCAGUAACGGCGGCGAGGCGGAGAGCGGCAAGGAGCUGGUGGAGUUAAAGGUUAUCUGGAACAAGAAUAAGUACGACGUGAAGUUCUGCCUGGACAGCACGGGGGCCGAGCUGAAGCAGAAGAUCCACUCGCUCACAGGCCUCCCGCCUGCCAUGCAGAAAGUCAUGUUCAAGGGACUGCUACCCGAGGAGAAAACCUUGCGGGAAAUCAAAAUAACGAACGGAGCGAAAAUAAUGGUGGUGGGCUCUACGAUCAACGACGUGCUAGCAGUAAAUACUCCUAAAGAGGCUGCUCAGCAGGAGGUCAAAGCUGAAGAGAAUAAAAAGGAGCCGCUUUGCAGACAAAAGCAACACAGAAAAGUAUUGGAUAAAGGAAAACCUGAUGAUGUGAUGCCUUCUGUGAAAGGUGUUCAGGAGCGGCUGCCAAGCGUGCCCUUGUCGGGCAUGUACAACAAGUCAGGGGGCAAAGUGAGGUUGACCUUUAAACUUGAGCAAGACCAGCUAUGGAUUGGCACAAAAGAGAGAACAGAGAAGUUACCCAUGGGGUCCAUUAAAAACGUGGUGAGUGAACCCAUCGAGGGCCACGAGGACUAUCACAUGAUGGCAUUUCAGCUGGGCCCAACAGAAGCCUCUUACUACUGGGUCUAUUGGGUGCCCACUCAGUACGUGGAUGCAAUCAAGGACACGGUGCUGGGCAAGUGGCAGUACUUUUGAAAGCACGCUCACCUCUGGCACAGGAGCAUGGCACAGAGCUAAGGACACUGCUGGGAGAGGCCUCCAGCGUCCCUGGAUGUGGCAGUCCUGGAACUCAUUCCUAAACCACGCUGCACGAGGCGCUGAGGGGGAGCCAGAGGUGAUGUUCUUUCACCAUUAGUUUACUUUUAACUUAAAAAUUUCACCAUCCCUUUUUUCUGCAGUCAGCUUCAACCAUAUUUAAAGCAAAUGGAUGGAAAUCAAUAAACCUUCAUUCACAAAGUCCCAUGUGUGAUACAUCUGCUGA